CAUUGGAGUCCGCCACCGCAAUCUUUCAUCCCUUGCACUGACUCCAGAAAAGACAUUUAUCUUUUCUUCCGUUUCCUUCAUCUUCUCCUGGUUUUAUAAGGCUUGGAAGGGCUUCCUUCUUGCCUUCUGUUCCUCUUUUUGGAUUGCUUUUCUGUAAAAAAGUGUUCACCUCAUUUUUUUGGUUGGUUCUCUCUCUUUCCCCUGUUUUCUUUUAUCCUUUCUUACUUUUUGUUUAAUUUCCCCUGUAAUUUGUAUCUUUUGUACAUUUUUCUUAAUCAAUUUCCCUCGAAAGUACAUAUCUUCAUCUUCAUUUUCAUUUUCGUUCCAUUUUCUUCGAAGGAAGAUCUCUUCCUCUUCUACUUCUCCGCCUCCUUGCCUUUGCUUGAUUUUUCUUCAAGAGAAGGCUUUUUUCUUCUUUUUUUUUUAUAAGUAUUGUUCUGUUUCCUAUUUUGUAGAAGUAGAUUUCCUGUUCUUCUUCUCUGGAACUUUGAUUAGCGAGUCUAUAUAUAGAAAUGGCGUUGUCAAUUUCGCACCAGAUAGGCGCCCUGAGUGGCACCCCCAUCAGGGACUCAGCUGCAUCUGAGCCCUCUGUUUCCUCUGAUUCCAUGGCUGUUGUGAGUGCAACUGCGACAUGGAAAUCCCCGUCAACCCCACUUCGAUGCCGGAUUCAAAACCAAGGAAUUGAGGCCGAGGGGCCCUCCCCUCCCCUCAGCCCCUGUUGCUCCUCUCCCCCUCCCGAAGAGUGGUGGAAGCGUCAGGUGGGGCGCCCUGAUUUAUCGGUGGCUUGCCAAGCUUUUGAGACUGCAAUUGCUGAACAAGAGGUUGGAAAGCAAGAGAGAGAACAUGGGUCAUUGAAAUCCAAAGAGAAUGGAAAGGGAGGGAUUCCUGUUUUUGUGAUGUUGCCUUUGGACAGCGUGACCCAAAACCAUGGGAUGAACAGGAAGAGGGCGAUGAAUGCGAGUUUGCAGGCGUUGAAGAGCGCAGGGGUCGAGGGGAUUAUGUUGGAUGUGUGGUGGGGACUGGUAGAGAGAGACGAACCUGGAAACUACAAUUGGGGGGGUUAUACUGAGCUUUUCGAAAUGGCGAGGAAACAUGGGCUUAAGGUGCAGGCGGUCAUGUCGUUUCACCAGUGUGGUGGCAAUGUUGGUGAUUCGUGCACGAUUCCUCUGCCAAAAUGGGUUUUGGAAGAGACAGAAAAGGAUCCUGAUCUUGCUUACACAGACCAAUGGAGGAGGAGGAACUACGAGUGUGUGUCACUGGGUUGCGAUGAGCUUCCAGUUCUCAAGGGCCGGAGCCCUGCCCAGUGCUACUCUGAUUUCAUGAGAGCCUUUAGGGACAACUUCAAGGACCUUCUGGGAGAAACGAUUGUGGAAAUUCAAGUGGGGAUGGGUCCAGCCGGAGAACUCCGGUACCCGUCAUAUCCAGAGCUUAAUGGCACAUGGAAAUUCCCCGGAAUUGGAGCCUUUCAGUGCUAUGAUAAGUACAUGCUGAGCAGCCUCAAGGCAGCGGCGGAGGAGGCUGGAAAGAGCGAGUGGGGCCAUGGCGGGCCGAGCGAUGCAGGCCACUACAACAACUGGCCUGAGGAUGCCCCCUUCUUCAAGAGAGAUGGGGGUUGGAGCAGUCCUUACGGUGAAUUCUUUCUGAGCUGGUACUCACAAAUGCUGUUGGACCAUGGCGAGCUGAUUCUCACAGCUGCUGAGACCAUUUUCGACGGCAGUGGGGCUAAGCUCUCGGGCAAAGUGGCGGGCAUUCACUGGCACUAUGGGACUCGUUCUCAUGCACCCGAGCUCACGGCCGGCUACUACAACACUCGAUUUAGGGAUGGGUAUUUGCCUAUUGCCCGGUUGUUUGCGAGGCAUGGGGUCGUCUUCAAUUUCACCUGCAUAGAGAUGAAGGACUAUGAACAACCGCAGGAUGCCCAAUGCUCACCCGAACGAUUGGUGCACCAAGUGGUGCUGGCGACACGUGAGGCCAAGGUGCCUUUGGCGGGCGAGAAUGCGUUGCCCCGCUACGACGAGGGUGCGCUCAAUCAGAUACUGAACGCGUCCUCCUUAGAAGGUUCAGAGGAGGCCAUGUGUGCGUUCACGUACCUCAGGAUGAGUCCCGAUCUUUUCCGGCACGAGAAUUGGAGGCUGUUUGUGGCGUUUGUGAGGAAGAUGGGGCAGGGGAAGGAGGCAGCACGCUCCUGGGAGCAGCUGCACGGCGACACCGAAUCCUUCGUUCACGCCACGCAACCGCUCGUCCAGGAGGCGGCCACCGCCCUGAUGCACGGCUAAAUCAAAUAGGACACCACCCCCCGCCCCCUUUACUUUUACUAUAGAGAAAUUGUGCUCCCGCGGCGGUAUACUGUUAUGUCAUUGAUAUCUCGAUCGAACGGGACGAUAUGUUCGGUGCCCUCGUCCCUUCUCAUGGUUGCUUGGCCGAGGUCGGGUUGUGGAGGGGGCUGUAAAUCUUAGAAAUGGAGAUAAAGUUGUAAUUUCGAUGUUCUCUUUUUUAUAUAAGAAUAUAUGAAGACCCAAGGCUUGUUGUUUUUUUGGGAAA